AUGGCCUCUGCAUCCGGCUCGGCAGCUCCCUCGCCAGCAGAUGGCAGCCCUGCCACGACGCCGCUGAGCCGGAAGAAGUCGGGCAGCAGCCUGUUCACUCGGAUGUUCAGCACAAAGGCCAAGCAGCAGCACGUGGCAGAGGAGGCAGAAGCGCAGGCAGCACUGGCUGUGGCGGGCGGGGCGGCCGUCCUUGUGUCGCCAGGAGCUGCGGCACUGGCCGGCAGUCCUGCUUUUGGCCAGCAGCAGCAGGCCUGGCUGGAGCUGCAAAAUCCAGUGCUGACUGAGGAGUUUGGCGCCCUGAACCUGGCAUCGCGCAUGGAUGCUGCCGCGCUGGAGGCAGGGCUGCCCAGCCCCGAAAUGGCUGCCGCUAUGGCAGGCCAUGCCCCCACCCUGGAGUCUCCUGUACUCCUGGCAGCCUCGGCGGCAGCACCAUUCAGCACCCCUGGCGUCCAGUCCCAGCUGUCGGACAACUUCUACACCGCCAAGGAGCACCAGACGCUGGCAUCGGGGGCGGUGGCAGGCCCCACCCCGCAUUCCACUGCUGCCUCCCGGCCCCAGCAGCCGUCGGUCGCUGCUGCUGCUGGAGCAGAUGCCGUGGACUUGGCAGGCUUUAUGGCGGCAGGCGCAGCGACGGGGGACAGCAGCCAGGUGCAGGCCAAGGAUGAUCCCCUGCCGGCAGCCGCUGUGACCUCGCUUGCCCAGGGAGAGCCAGAGGUGUCCUUUGCCUUCCGCCAGCAGGCAGCUGCCCCGCAGAGGUCAGCAUCUGCUGUGCCCACUCCCGCUCAACACAAUGUGUCAGACAGCCCUAGCAAGUCGGAAGCGGCAGCGGCAGCCCUUAGCGCACUACCGCUGAUGGAAGAGGGUGCUGGCUUUGAUGACUACCAGUUUGACCAGAUGCCGCCAGGAGGCCUGGAGGAGCAAUUGCCAAAGAUCGACUGGUCCGGCAAGACGACUGAGGAAAUUGAUGCGCAUGUCCAGGUGCUGCUGGAGCAGCUUGAGACAACGCUGGCUGCUCCAGCCUCGGUCAACGCUACCACUGACAUCCUGGGGGUGCAACGCGAGGCCAGCAGCAUGCCCGACUGGGCCGCGUACAAGGCUCACAUGGAGAUGGGCUUCAGGCUGGGCUCCAAGCAGAGGUAUCGGGAGGCCAUGUACAGCUUCCAGGCGGCAGUGCGGGUGCAGGCAGGCGACCCGCUGGCUCACUUCCGCAUUGGCAACACGCUAUUUGCACUGAAGAAGUAUGCCGAGGCUCGCAAGGCAUAUGGACGCGCGCUGAAGUGCUGCAAGCCUGGUGUGGAUGCUGAUGAGGCGUUGCAGCCCAAGGUGUACGUCAACCUGGGCAUCACGCAAGAGGCAGAGGGCCUGCUCAUGAGCGCCUGCGACCACUACAAGCAAGCGGUGGCGCUCAACCCCGACCACUUCCGCGCUUACAAACUCAUGGGCAGCGCACUGUAUGCCUUGGGAGACUUUGAAGGCGCCAAGGCGGCGCUUAAAGAAUCGCUCAAACUGAAGCCGGACUAUGCCGAUGCUCACUGUGACUUGGGAUGCACCUAUUGCGCUCAGGGCGACAUGGAGAAUGCCAAGAAGUGCUUCAAGCAUGCCAUCAAGUGCGCACCGCAGCAUUUGGAGGCCCACUUCAACAUGGGCAACCUGUACCGCCAGUGUGCCGAGUUUGGCCGCGCCAUCCAGAGUUAUGACAAUGUGCUGGCCAUUGAUGCCUCACACUGGCGCUCCCUGCUGAACAAGGCGGUGGUGCAGACGUGCACCAGUGACAAGGAUCAGGCGACCUUUAACCUCAAGCUGGCGCUCAAACUUUCAGGCCAGAGCGGCGUCCUGGCCCAGGAGGUGGACCAGCUGAAGCGCAUGCUCAAGGCAGGGGCCAAUUGGGAGGUGAUCAGCCAGAUGAUGAGUUACAUCAGCGACAAGGCGGCACAGGUAGAGAGCCUGGCCGCGGACAUUGCGGCUGGCAACGCGGAGGCGACUCCGCAGUCCAAGCCCGUGUUCAGCAUGCUGGGGGGCAAGUCAAACAAGUCUUCCAUGGCAGGCAGCCCGGGCAAGAAGGGCAAUAACAAGCUGAAGCGCCUGGGCGUGAACAUCUCAGAGGCCAGCCGCGAGGUGGACCUGCCAAUGCUGCAGCAGUUGCAGCCCAUGGCAGGGGCGCGGGUGCGGGAUUUGGAGGCGGAGGCCAACGACGGCAACACUUCACGCGGCAAGCGGGGCAAGAUGAUCAAGGCGGCCAAGGCGGAGGCACUGACCCGGCGGGUGCUGCAGAGCACCCCCCCCGGCCUCUUCCAGCACAUGAUGCGCACCAUCAACAGCCAGGUGCUGGUGCUGCUGGACACCAAGCGCAGCGGCUACGUCGACCUGGCCCUGCUCAUCAUGUGCUUGCUGGCCCUCUGCGAUGCGCCGAUGGUGGAGCGGCUGCACGCCGCAUACCGCGUGAUGCAGUGGCGCAACAAGAACGAGCCCAUCACGCGCAAGGACGCUUUCGACUAUGUUGCCGCGCUGCGGGUGAUCUUUGGCGCACAGCAUGACCACGCGCAGUGGCAUGCACAUGCGCCCGAGGCCAUGGACGGCCAGUUCAUCAACGAACAGCGCUGGGUCAGCAUGGUCUCCGACUCCCGCCUCGGCUUUUGCCUGUUUGAGGCGCUGCCCCACCUGUGCAAGCCGCUGGCUUGA